CAUUGAUCUGACAGCAUGCAGACUAUAAAGCCAUGGAUACCCUGCGCCUCCCUGUCCAGUCAUGAGGAGAUGUGCCAUCUUGGACACAGAACUAAACACAACAUGAGAAUAACACUGACUGCUUUCAUGUUUGUCCUGGCUGUUGUCUGUGUUCCUGUCUUCUGUGACCAGGAGGAGCCUCCAGUCUUAGACCUCGGGACUCCUCCUGAGACCAGGUCCCGCUUUGCUCUUCUAGAUGAUGUACGUCUCCUGGCAAACGGCCUCCUACAGCUGGGCCAGAGCAUGCGGGACUUUGUGCAAAGGACAAAGGGGCAAAUAAAUGACAUCUUCAAGAGACUGAACAUCUUCGAUCGCUCGUUCUACCAGCUGUCAGCACUGGCCAAUGAAAUCAAGGAGGAGGAAGAGGAGCUGAAAAAGACUACUGUGGCGCUUAAAGCCAAUAACGAAGAGAUUAAGGGUCUUUCUGAGGAGAUCAGCUCCAAGAUGGACAGCAUUCUGCAGGAGAAGAGCGGACUCCAGAGCAAGGUGGAAGGUCUGGAGGAGAAACUGGGCCAGCUGUCGCUGGGACUGAUGACCACUGCGCAAGCAGCAGAGAUCAACAGCCUUAGGAAUGUGAUCCACAGCCAGGAGCAGAGCAUCCGAGAGCUGCUGAAAGCCAUGAAAGAGCAAAGUGAGCAGCUCAGCCUCCAGCAGAUGAAGAUAAAAGCUCUGGAUGAACAGCUUACAGCCAACAUGUUGCCAUUCUUCAGCUCCGAAGUACCAACCCUGCCCCCCUACCAGACCCCAGCCUCCCCCAGCAGCACAAUGAAUCUGCCAUCAGACUGCAGCGAGCUGUUCGACAGAGGGGAGAGAGCGAGCGGCGUCUACGCUGUCAAACCCAGCAGCUCCAAACCUUUCAUGGCCUUCUGUGAUAUGAGUGGAGACCGCGGGGAAACAGUUAUCCAGCGAAGGAUGAACGGUACAAUGAAUUUUAAUCAACCCUGGGAGAGGUAUGAAAAUGGAUUUGGAGAUUUUCAAGGAGAGUUUUGGCUGGGUCUCCAGAAAAUCCACUCUCUGACUUCUCAGGGUAACUUUAUGCUUCACAUCCAGCUGGAAGAUUGGAACCAGAACAAGUUUUUUACCCUAUACAGAUUUUACCUCGACGGCCCGGAAAGUAACUACACCAUUCACCUCAUGCAUCUGUCAGGAAAUCUGCCUGACCCCAUAAACAACCCCACAGGCAUGAUGUUUUCCACCAAGGACACAGAUUAUUACAACCAGCAGGACUUUAAAUGUGCCCACCGGCUGUCAGGUGGGUGGUGGUUGAGCGCAUGUGGAGACACAAACCCAAAUGGAGUGUACUUCCACAUGAGGCCAAAGGGGCGCUCAGAGUGUCGGAGAGGGAUUCAGUGGAGGUCGAGUGCAAAGGCGUGUUUUUCUGUGAAAUCCACCCAGAUUUCCAUCAGUCCUCUGAUGUCAGUUGGUUCCACCUUCCUAACGGCAGCUUCCUCUGAUUCCCAUGUCUUUUCCUGAUCCACCACCAGCAUUUUCUAGUGACUAUUCUCAGUACAAACCAGUGGCUUCUUGAGGAAAGCUGCUGUGUUCUGUGUGGGGAGCCGUGGUUUCAGAGGCCUUGGACAUGUUUGUCUAUUCCAUGGAUCCUGGAACCAGUAGAUUUAAGCCACAACAAAAGUGUUAUGCAUAAAUUAAUGUUUUACCCUUUAUGUCUGAAUACUGUGUGCUGUUUCUAAUGUAACAGAGCAUCACAACUUUUCCUUGGGAUCCUCAUAUUAGGGCAUAGGGAACAUUUUCACCCAGUUUUAGGGUAAAGUUUGUAGAGAAGAAAUUUGAAAGCAAAGCUUGAAGGAGGCAUUUUCAUGUCAGGUGACAUUUAGUCUCAGUGUGAUGUUUGUCAAAAUUUGAAGAGGGAAACUUUUCAGGACAUUGAUGAUAUUAGAAAAGAGAUGACGUUCCUAACUGCAUAACGCUUGUUAUUUUCUUGUGUAUGAUAAAUUGUUUCCUCCAAAAAUAAUGAAAAUGUAACCAUAACAAGGAUAUAUCUAAAAUAUUUAACCUUACCACAAAAACUAAGUAAAUUUGGGUAUAGUGGAUUAUUUCUUUGUUGUAACUAUACUUCGUGGCAACAAAUCUUAUAUCGUUGGAAAGCUUUUUUUAUACCCCUUUUAAUUAGUACCACAUUAAUAAGGAAAAUGCAUUUGUUGGAUGAGCAGCAGAGUCUGUGGGUUGUCCCCAUGAAAUUGUUGGUGUGGUUAAUUGGAUGAUUAAAGUCUUUUAGAUGUAUCCCUGUUAACUGGUAAUUAUUUCACACUGAAACUAUGUCAGAAUUGUGAAACUGUCAUUGCAUUUUUCCAAGAAAUCUACCAAAAGAAAACAAUAUCAGCAGCAGUUAUUAUUUAUGAAAACAGUUGAUGGAUCAUUUUACGUGAGUAGCAAACAGUUUAACGUAUUGAACUGUCUCAGUCUGACAGGAAGAAUGCCUAAAAUCUGUUUAAAGGGAUCCAAAAUAUGGUUGUUUUUUUAUCUCUCUUUCUUCUUCUGUGGGCUCAAAAGGUGUUAAAUACCUUCGAUAUAUUUGUAGUACAGAUAUAUUUCCAACAUCUUCCAAACUGCAUUUAAAAAGAGGGACAUGCUAUAAAAACCAUAAAUCCU